CUCGCCUUUCCAGGUGGAAUUCCGAGAGGAGUUGGAACUAAACUAACUUACUCGAGUGGUGAACUCUGCUCAGGACAGGUGAAAUUCCCUGCGGGCAGCGUGAGGGUGGUUAUGGGAUCUGAAAAGAGGCAUGAAGGAAUGCAAUCGGCAUGGAAGGCUUCUCGCCAUUCUGAAUGACAAUUAAAUACGUCUGACAUAACAAAAAUCUUCACUCAAACGCCAAAAGCCCCGGACACAAACCUAUCUCUACGUGCUUAGGAAUUUGAAAACAGUUCAGAUAUGCCUGCUGCAUUUGUUUGGCAAUAAAGCCAUGCCAAAAAAACUAACGGAGACAUUAUUGCUAUUGGGUUUUGAUGGGCUGACGUGGGGUAAAGGAAUGAUUUAAGAUAGUACAAACGGAAGGAAAGAAAGCAAAAUGAAGGAGAAGUCUAAAACUGCCGCAAGGACUAGACGGGAAAAGGAAAACAGCGAAUUCUACGAACUGGCAAAAAUGUUGCCUUUACCGUCUGCUAUCACAUCACAGCUGGACAAAGCCUCCAUAAUACGACUGACUACAAGUUACCUGAAGAUGAGAAUUGUCUUCCCUCAGGGUUUAGGUGAAGCUUGGGGUCACACAAGUCGAACAAGGUCACUGGAUAAUGUAGGGCGCGAGUUGGGAUCUCAUCUACUCCAGACGUUAGACGGAUUCAUCUUUGUGGUGGCUCCCGACGGGAAGAUAAUGUACAUCUCAGAGACAGCUUCAGUCCAUUUGGGACUCUCUCAGGUAGAGUUGACUGGGAACAGUAUUUAUGAGUAUGUUCACCCGGCUGACCACGACGAAAUGACGGCAGUCCUAACCCCACACCAACCCUACCAUUCGCACUUCGUUCAAGAGUAUGAGGCGGAGCGCUCAUUCUUCUUGAGAAUGAAGUGUGUGCUUGCAAAAAGAAAUGCAGGCCUUACCAGUGGUGGAUAUAAGGUGAUCCACUGUAGUGGUUACUUAAAGAUACGCCAGUACAGCCUCGACAUGUCGCCUUUCGAUGGCUGCUACCAGAACGUGGGGCUGGUAGCAGUGGGCCACUCGCUGCCUCCCAGCGCCGUCACCGAGAUCAAACUACACAGCAACAUGUUCAUGUUUAGAGCCAGUCUCGACAUGAAACUCAUCUUCCUCGAUUCAAGGGUAGCCGAGCUGACAGGCUACGAGCCUCAGGAUCUGAUAGAGAAGACUCUGUACCACCACGUGCACAGCUGUGACACCUUCCACCUGCGCUGUGCACACCACCUGUUGCUGGUGAAAGGCCAGGUGACCACUAAGUACUACAGAUUCCUGGCCAAGCAUGGUGGCUGGGUGUGGGUCCAGAGCUAUGCCACCAUCGUCCACAACAGCCGUUCCUCCAGACCUCACUGCAUAGUCAGUGUCAACUAUGUGCUUACGGAUACGGAAUAUAAGGGAAUGCAGCUGUCUUUGGAUCAGAUGAGCCCCAGCAAGCCACCGUUCCCCUACACCAGCACUCCUGGCAGCACCGAGGAGCGAAAAGGGACUAAGUCACGUCUGAGUCACUCUAAGGCCAAAGCUAGGGUCUCUCCUUACCCCCAGUUCUCAGCAUUCCACCAGGAGCGCUCAGAGUCAGACCAGGACAGCCAAUGGGGAGGCAGCCCUCUGACGGACUCUGCCUCGCCCCAGCUGCUGGAUUCCGGGGAAGGCAUGGAGGCGUCCUGCGCCUACAGACUCUACCCUGACUCGGGCUCGCUGUGCUACAGCCUCGCCCUAUCGGAGGAGGACCUCACCCAUGGCUCUGGCAACCCCCACACCCCUGCCUGCGACAGAGCCCGCUGCCAAGCUGGACGCUACCUCCUGGGCUCCACCUCCCAGUCUGGACGAGAGGCAUGGUGGGAUGCCACACGCUCAGUCCUCUCGCUACCCAAAUCUUCACUGGAGAAUGGCGAGGGCUACGACCUCACUUCCUACCACGGAGCCAUACACGGAAGAGGACACUGGGAUGAGGAGAGCGUGGUGAGCUCGCCCGAAGGGGGCGGAGGCUCCACCAGUGACUCGGGUGAGCGUUACCGUGGCGACCAUUUCCGGGCCAGCCCUCAGGAGCCCAGCAAGAUAGAGACCCUGAUCAGGGCCACCCAGCAGAUGAUCAAAGAGGAGGAGAGCCGUCUGCAGCUGCACAAGGGGCCCCUGGAUGCCCUGGGCCCCGUCUCAGGCCUCUCCAAAACCCACAGCCCCUGCUUCACCACCUCCCUGCCUCUCCCCCAGGCCGCCAUGCCCGGAGUGGUCUGCCGAGGCCCCGGCCUCACCAGCAUCAACCUCACCUCCUCCGACCGCCUCCAUCACCGCGAUGAUGACGGUGGCAAGACGCUGGGUUCCCACGAUAAUGACGACAACACGGCCAGCCCAGCCUCCCUGUCACGUCUGAGCAGCCCCAGCUCGGAGGGCAUGCCCAGGUCAGGCCUGGGGGUCACUAAAGACUACUUGCAGACAGACAUGUCUCCUCACCCUCCGGUGGGGAGCCCGCUGCUCUACCCAGCCCAGGACAGACAGACACUGGACAGGCACGCGGCCACCUAUGCCUUGGCUGGCUACUCCCUGGAGCAUCUGUAUGACCCGGAGAGCCUGCGCAGCUACUCUGGUCUGGGAUGUGGCAGCAUGCAGUAUGACAUGGCCUCACACAUGCGCAUGCAGGCUGACCAGAUGCAAGGACACAAGGCCACCUCAGUCAUCAUCACUAAUGGGAGCUGACCACACAGGACACAGACAUGUCCCGAUCUGAAAGAGACAAUGCAAGAUCUUUACAAAUUAUUAUGAUCCCCUUUAACUAUAGCUCGAAGACCUGGCUAAAGGGUUAGGGACUGGUCCAUAACACAGGUGUUACUCUGAUACUGGGACAGUGGACCAGUGUAUUUACUAGGAUGAGAACUACCAAAGGCUGUCAUUGAGUUUGCAGCCAGGUUAAAGAUAAACCCGAUGUUUUAAGUCGCAAACUUUCUGUGUCAUGCUCCAGCGGUUAUCUGAGUUAACUCAGACACUUUUUUCCCAUGCUGGUCAAAAAUGUGCAACUCCAUUCUAGAAACCCUGUAACCUGGACACUGAUUUUACAGAACCUAUACCAUCUUCAAAAGUAACAUGAUUUAUUUACAAGACUGAACACAAAGAAAUGACAGGACAAUGUACGUUGUUAAAAACGUCCCUGAAAUGUUAUUAAUUUGUCAAUAUGUCAAAUAAGCAUGUCCCAUGUGUAGCGUUUAGCAACACAUUUGUCCAAAAAGUUAUUUUUGAGUUUUAAUGUUCUACAUUAUCUGUGCCCCGUUUAGUUUUCGGUAACACAUUACCAUGUGUCCCUGCAUUUCUUAUCUGUAGUUUUAAAGAGGGAGAUAUUGUGCUCCAACAUUGUGCUCAAAUUAAGAGCUUCGUAUUACACUGUUUGUUCCAAGAUUGACAGGGUAAAUUUAUGUAAUGUCACUCCUGUCUCGUUUUAUUUAUGAUGUACAUAAGGUAAAAGAAAGUUUCUGUGGGGGAUAACGGAUCAGAAAGUUAUUUAAUAAUUGGAAAGAAAAUGUAUUUUGAAUUGAAAUACAAUGCAAUUGCAAUCAAACCGUACUGUAACUCCUGUUUUGGUUUCCAUCAAAUGAGGUGAACUAAUUGGUCGGGCUGCAUGUUCUGCAGAGCUGGUAUUUCAAUUGUAUCUGUUACUUGACUCAUACACAUAGAUCACAAACUUUUAGCUUACUUUCAUUACAGAUCUUGUAAAACGAUUUUGUGUCGUGUUUGCAACCCUUGUCAUGA